AUGUCAUUACUUCAAGAAUGUCCUUCGUGCAGCAAGGGUGGUUUCAAGGACCAUGUCGCUGUUGCUCGACACAUGAGCCAACCUCGCUCUGGCUGCAAUACUUGGCUGCAGAAUCUGAUAUGCUUGGAUAAACCAAAUAAUCCCAUGAAUAUGGACGACAGAGUAAAUAAUCCCGACAUGGAGUCCGGUGGUUUUGAAGAUUGGGAUGAGGUGUUCCAUGGGAGUAGUAGUGAGGACCAGGUUCAUGAUGAGCAAACACCAACUCGCGAUUUGGAAGUUAUGGACUCAUAUCCUGACUGUGCUCAAUCAUACGGCAGGGGCUACACGUUCCUGGACUUAUUCAAUGCGGACGAGAACAGCAAACACCGUGUUACGAAUCCAUAUUAUCCAUUCAGUGGCCAGAGAGACUGGGAGGUUGGGUCAUGGUUGCUUCGCUCAGGGUUAAGCAUGGGGAAGAUAGAUAGUUUCCUUUCGCUUGAGAUGAUAAAGACCCUUCCAUUGUCGUUUAGUUCAGCCAAGGAACUAUGCAGCAGAGCGGAAAUGUUACCCAGCAGUCCAUGCUGGAUGUCUCAAACAAUACCUACAAUGCAUCCCACGAAAUUGCCUGUUGUCUUGUAUUGGUGUGAUCCCUUAGAUUGUGUAUCAAGUCUUCUCAACCACCCUGCCUUUCAUGAUCAGCUAGACUUUACACCUCGCAGGGUGUAUACCACUGUGCAGCAGCUGUGCCAUGUAUAUUCCGAAUGGAUGACCGGCGAUGACGCAUGGAAUAUGCAGUCAGCCCUACCAAGAGGUGCAACACUCCUCGGGACCAUUUUAUCUUCUGACAAGACAAAUAUAUCGACCAUGAUGGGCGACAGAGUUGCACACCCCCUUCUAGUUAGUCUUGCUAACAUAUGCAUGUCCACGCGACUCAAGUCGUCUUUGAAUGCAUUUGUACUUACCGCUCUACUUCCUGUCCCAAAAUUCAUCCAUAAGAAAAAAUGCAUGCAAGGUGUACUUGAAGAUCGCCUCAUUCACAAAUGCUUGGAUAUCGUUCUACGUCCACUCAAGUUAGCCGCUCGCGAAGGGAUCAUGCUUUCAGAUCCUGUUGGGCACAGUCGCUAUUGCUUUACACCGCUCGCGAGCUAUAUUGUUGACACCCCAGAGGCCAUGAUGCUGGCCGCUGUUGGAGGGAAAACCUCCCUAGUCACUACAGCCAUGUACAAACAGUUUGGAGACCCCUUUUGUCAUCAGCCUCGCACAGGAGCAACUACACUCUCCCAGCUGGACAUUGCAUGGAGUAAAGCUGAUCCCAACGACAUUGAGACAUUUUUUCGCAAAGCACAGAAGUUUCGUUUGAAUGGCAUGAAUGCACCAUUCUGGCUGGACUGGCUCCUCAGUGAUCCAUCACAUUUUCUCACUCCCAAAUUUCUUCACCUCAUUCAUUGCGAGUUCUACGACCACGAUGUGAAGUGGCUCAUUUGCGCAGUCGGGCAUACAGAGAUUGAUUUUCGGUUUUCUGUGCUGCAGGCGAUCACUGGGUUCCAUCAUUUUCAUGGCGGAAUUUCAAAGCUUAAACAGGUUACAGGACGCACUCAACAUGACAUCCAGCACUCAAUCAUUGCAGUCAGCACAGACACAGUUCCUAACACCGUGAUGACUGCCAUACGAGCUCUGAUAAAUUUUUGGUACCUUGUACAAUCACCCGUAAUUGACAACACCCUACUCACCCAUAUUUCCAUGGCCCUUGAAGAAUUUCACAACAACAAAGAUGCAAUUAUCGAGGGUGGAUUUCGUCGUGGUCAGUGUGGCAGAGUCAUUGAGAACUGGUAUAUACCGAAGCUAGAGCUCAUGCAGUUAAUAGUUCCGAGCAUAAGGAACACUGGAGUUCCUCUGCAAUGGACUGCCGACACCACGGAGCAUGCGCACAUAACGGAAAUCAAAGAUCCUGCUCGCUCAAGCAACAACAACAACUAUGAUCCCCAAAUAUGUCCCCAUCUUGAUCGUGCUGAUAAAUGCCGCCACUUUGACCUUGCUAUGAGUCUGCUCAACAAUAUGCCAGACUCAAAGCAGCAGGGUUCAGAUGUUGAUGUCGAUGAAAAUGUCAAUUUCGAUGCGGACGAUGAUCAUGAUAUCCCAACAGACCUUCUGGCAAUGAUUAAAUACCCUGGACAUUCACAUCCAAUCACCAAUUACUUCGGAAUGGCUAAGGUCCUCCAGCACAGGGAAAUCGGGACGGUCCCUAUGCCAUUGCAUUUGUUUGUUGUCGAACGCACAGGAUUUCACUUCGCUUAUGACCCCUCCAUUAGAAAGAUAUCUGUUGAUGAUGCUGCCAUCAAGUUUGACCUUGCUGACUUACGACCAGCCAUUGCCGAUUUUCUUCAUUGUGAGGAUACUCACAGGAGAGAUCAUGUCCAUACUAUUGGGGGAGCUAGAAGAGCUGGACCCACUGCUUCACUUCCCUUUGACACACUACAGGUCUGGUUUAAACUUCGGCUGCAGGACACCGAAUUCCACAAUAUUAGCAUCAUACGGCCUGUGCAAACCCUCAACUGUGCGCCCCCUUCUGAUCCCUGGACCUCUGGCCGGUAUGAUACAGUUAUCAUUAACAACGAUGCGGGAUGCUUAUGGCCCACAAGUGGUCUUCAUGGUCAUACUAUCGGUCAAAUCAGGCUUAUCAUGCGUCCUAUUGGAAAGAGUGGCAUGAAUUGGUCAUGGAAGGACUGUUUUCUGGUAUAUGUGCAUCGCUUUGACAUUGUUCCUCAAAGCUCUGGCACCAAUGAGCGUGAGCCAAGUAUGCAGCUCCACUUGCUCAAACGAGCGAAAUGCUCAAAUGGUACUCAGGUGGGUGACAUCAUACCCGUUACGCAGCUUAGAGCACCUGUGAACCUUAUCCCUCGCUUCGGUGCAAGUGCGGACAACCAUCUCACCCCAUAUAACAGCAUGGAGCAUGCUUCACAAUUUUGGCUUAACAAGUAUUGGGACAAGAACAUGUAUCUUCCUCUUUCUAUGUAG